GGCAUAAAACCACGACCCUAUGGAGUCUGCGAAGUUCAGGUGUUGUGGUUGACUCGGUAUUGCAACGAUUUCCAAAGCUGUCAAUCUGUUGUUUAUCAAUUGAAGACUUACCUUCAAAUAAAACAAGCCUUACAAACUCUCCAAGCCGAAAAAACGAAGGCAGCAAAUUAACAGUUGGCAAAUGGCUACUCGAAGAAGACCGAAUGGGCAUCAAUUUGAUGAUGAUGAUGAUGUUGAUUACUCGUCCAGACAGCCAGUUUACAAUGUGGGAAUUUAUGGAUGGAGAAAACGCUGCCUCUAUUUCCUAAUUUUGCUUAUUCUGAUUCUUGGUCUGAUUAACCUCGCUCUUGUCAUUUGGGUGAUUAGAGUUCAAGACUUUUCUUUCGAUGGCAUGGGAAGACUUCGCAUUACCAAAAAUGGCAUCAUCUUAGAGGGACCAGCAGAGUUUGUGAAGACGUUAAAGGCAAAGUAUAUCGUGUCAAGAGGGGAUUCACCUUUGAAUAUUCAGUCUAUGGAAAAUGUGACAAUAACCGCGAGGGACGGAGGACAGAAACUGACAGGGCAGAUACACCUUGGUAAGGAGGAGAUCACGAUGAAGAGCAAGAGACUGCGCAUUUUGGAUGCGUCAAAUCGCAGUUUGCUAUACGCUGAUAAGGAUAAGCUUGAAAUCAACGUGAAAGGAGUCGAGUUCAUUGUUCCAGAUGGCCUAAGGUUUGACUCGUCUGUUCAAACCCCGCUUGUAUCAGCUGGUGAAAAACAGGUGCUCUCUCUGGAGUCUCCUACGAAAACUCUUUUUAUGAAUGCAGCGAAUGGUAUACGGAUGACGUCAGUGGCAAAUGACCUGACGAUUGACAGCUUGUAUGACAUCACCAUGACGUCAAAAAAGGGGAAGAUUGUAAUGAACUCUUCAAGUGUUUUCUUUACCAACCUAAAAGCCAGUGAUACUUCGGGAACUUUGCAAACCUAUCCCGAUGCUAGAGAAGUCUGUAUUUGUGCUGAUGGCAGUCUCUUUUUGGCACCAGCCUCCACUUCAGCCAGCACUGAGCGUUGCCUGGUAACAUCUGGUGUUUGCUGAUAAGGUGAAUCUGUUGCCAAUUGUGAAUUCAUUUGCGAUUAUUUGUUUCAAGUAAUCUAAAAAUAUGUUCUUAAGAUUUUUUGAUUAAGCUACAAUUUUUAGGAGACCAUUGAUGAAAAAAUUAGAUAAAACUGAACAUUUUAGAGCCAAGCCAAUUGUUGGCAAAUUAUAUUUAUCUUUGCUUCUCAUAAAGCUAAGUGGUAAACGUUUUCUAGCAAUUCGGCUUUUGUAAACAACAAGUCUUAUUCGUAUUUUCUAGCGAUCUUAUACCUUCGUAUCAAUAAUCAAUUUUAACUUUAAUGUUAAUAUUUAGUUAAGUAGAUAACGCAUUUAUUGGAAACAGCUUUCAGCACUAAUUUGUACAUAAAUUUUUUUUACUCAUGCAUUCAGUGAAAACUUCUUUUUAGAAAAUAACAGGUUUGAACACGAGUCCUUUAACAACGGAAGGACACACUAGGCAUUAAACAAAAGAAAAUUCCCCAUUUUUAACUCUACACUCAGGUUCUAGAUAUAUUGCUUUCCUACGGUGUGCAACAAUCGGAGAAAGGGUAUGUUAUUUUCCACGCAGCUUCAUUCGGCUGCUGUGCUACGAGGUACAGCCUUUUUGUUUUUGAAUGCUGCACUAGUUGCAUUUAUCGUUGUCUGCCGUGCGUUUCAACACAAGCAGAUAAUUUUCGUAAAAAUUUCCACACCGUCUCUUGUUGGCUUCCCUUCUUGUUAAAAAAUCAAGAUUGGCUGCAGUUCAACCAAACCCCAUUUUUAGCUUUGGUGUACCGCAGUUUGAGCAGCAUGCUUAUUGAAAUGUUUUUUUAAAGUUGCUAGCGCAGCCUCUUGUGUCCAAUAAACAAAUCGUGUGUUUUAUCCCAAUAGAUUUUGUGUCUAGGCCUUUUCAAUCGCAUCUUGCCGUCUCAUUAUGCAUUCUACCUCUUAACGAGAACUUUUUCUCAAAAGUUUUACACUAGCUUAGAACAAAAAAGCGACGGUUACCGUGGCACUUGAAAACGCUGUGGUAGGUUAAGAAAGUAUCUGGGCAACAGUUUGUCUGUGCAUCAUGUUUCGGCAAUAACACAGACGUCAUCGAAAACAAGCUCAGCGCUUUUGAAAUAACAUUAGAUUUCAUCUAGAUUCAAGGAUUUAUUUGUGGUUAUCUUUAGCGAAGAAAUGCGCCAUGAAGCUUGGUUUGCACUUGUGAGAUUAUCAUUUUUUCAUUGACUUUUCAAUGCGAUAGCGUUUAAGGUGAACACCAGAAACUGCCGGCAAAUGAGCGGUGAGAAAUAGGUUAAGUAUCAAGAUUUUUCAGUUUUGUUUCCACCGAGCUUAUACUUCAUGAGCCGGGCCGAAAAAUUCUUUUUUGUUUACACCGAAUAGUCCUAGGCCCUUAGAAUCGUGAAUUAUAUCUCCGUUUCUAAAAAUUUUUAGAUGUCACUGCUCCAACAAAACUGCUAGGUACGGCUCAAUAAAGUGACACUUUGCACAAAAAACUCAUUUCCUGCAAUUUAUGUUUGUGUGGAUCAUUGGUUCAAAUAUCAUGGUAAAAUAGCGUUACAAUUUCGUAAAAAAUGUGGCAAAAGUUUCCGCUUAAUCAAGACAUUGCUACUUAUUUCAAACUGCGGCGUGACUUUAGUUUCAAGAAAUGCAGGGUUCCAGUUGAAGUGGGUCAAAAAAUGUGCAUGCCAGUGCUCUCGUUUGUUUCGUAUCCUUUCAAGAUUUCCUCAGCGGAAAAACUUGAAUGACAUUACUUCUAUGCCAGUAGCGCGAACAGGCCUUUUAACAUAUUGUAUUUUCUAUUAAACUCUUAAACUCAGUUUGUAUUCGUUUUCAUAUAAUAUUUAGUGUCCAUUCUAAUAACUAUUUAAUAAAUAAAAUUUGAACA